CGGGCCGGGGGCGGGGGCGGCGGAGCUCUUCCUGGUUGGGCCCAGCCCGCAGCUGCCCCGGGAGCCGGCCGCGGGCACCGCCGACCCCGCUCCGCUCCUCUGCCCGCAGGAUGGCGGAGGAGCUCAUCACCCCCGUGUACUGCACCGGGGUGUCGGCCCAGGUGCAGAAGCUGCGGGCCAAGGAGCUGGGCCUGGGCCGCCACGAGAACGCCAUCAAGUACCUGGGCCAGGACUACGAGCAGCUGCGGGCGCGCUGCCUGCAGAGCGGGGCCCUCUUCCGCGACGACGCCUUCCCGCCCGUCACCCAGAGCCUGGGCUACAAGGACCUGGGCCCCAACUCCUCCAAGACCUACGGCAUCAAGUGGAAGCGCCCCACGGAGCUGCUCUCGAACCCCCAGUUCAUCGUGGACGGAGCCACCCGCACGGACAUCUGCCAGGGCGCGCUGGGGGACUGCUGGCUCCUGGCUGCCAUCGCCUCUCUCACCCUCAAUGACACCCUCCUGCACCGCGUGGUCCCGCACGGCCAGAGCUUUCAGGAUGGCUACGCCGGCAUCUUCCACUUCCAGCUGUGGCAGUUCGGGGAGUGGGUGGACGUGGUGGUGGACGACCUGCUGCCCACCAAGGACGGGAAGCUGGUGUUCGUGCACUCGGCCCAGGGCAACGAGUUCUGGAGCGCGCUGCUGGAGAAGGCCUACGCCAAGGUGAACGGCAGCUACGAGGCCCUGUCCGGGGGCAGCACCUCCGAGGGCUUCGAGGACUUCACGGGCGGCGUCACCGAGUGGUACGAGCUGCGCAAGGCGCCCAGCGACCUCUACCAGAUCAUCAUCAAGGCCCUGGAGCGGGGCUCGCUGCUGGGCUGCUCCAUCGACAUCUCCAGCGUCCUGGACAUGGAGGCCGUCACCUUCAAGAAGCUGGUGAAGGGCCACGCCUACUCCGUGACGGGGGCCAAGCAGGUGAACUACAUGGGCCAGAUGGUGAACCUGAUCCGGAUGCGGAACCCCUGGGGCGAGGUGGAGUGGACUGGAGCCUGGAGUGACGGCUCCUCAGAGUGGAACAACGUGGACCCUUACGAGCGGGAGCAGCUCCGCAUCAAGAUGGAGGACGGGGAGUUCUGGAUGUCCUUCCGGGACUUCAUGCGCGAGUUCACCCGCCUGGAGAUCUGCAACCUGACGCCCGACGCCCUCAAGAGCCGGCGCUUCCGCAAGUGGAACACCACCCUGUACGACGGCACCUGGCGGCGGGGCAGCACGGCGGGCGGCUGCCGCAACUACCCAGCCACCUUCUGGGUGAACCCCCAGUUCAAGAUCCGGCUGGAGGAGACGGACGACGUGAACGAGGACGACUAUGGGGGUCGGGAGUCGGGCUGCAGCUUCGUGCUGGCGCUCAUGCAGAAGCACCGCCGCCGGGAGCGCCGCUUCGGCCGCGACAUGGAGACCAUCGGCUUCGCCGUGUACGAGGUUCCUCCGGAGCUGGUGGGCCAGCCGGCCGUGCACCUGAAGCGGGACUUCUUCCUGGCCAACGCGUCCCGGGCGCGCUCGGAGCAGUUCAUCAACCUGCGGGAGGUCAGCACCCGCUUCCGCCUGCCGCCCGGGGAGUACGUGGUGGUGCCCUCCACCUUCGAGCCCAACAAGGAGGGCGACUUCGUGCUGCGCUUCUUCUCGGAGAAGAGCGCCGGGACCGAGGAGCUGGACGACCAGGUCCAGGCCAACCUUCCUGACGAGCAAGUGCUCUCGGAAGAGGAGAUUGAUGAGAACUUCAAGACGCUCUUCAGACAGCUGGCGGGGGCGGACCUGGAGAUCAGCGUCAAGGAGCUGCAGACCAUCCUCAACAGGAUCAUCAGCAAACACAAAGACCUGCGGACCAAGGGCUUCAGCAUGGAGUCCUGCCGCAGCAUGGUUAACCUCAUGGACCGGGACGGCAACGGGAAGCUGGGCCUGGUGGAGUUCAACAUCCUGUGGAACCGCAUCCGGAACUACCUGGCCAUCUUCCGGAAGUUUGACCUGGACAAGUCGGGCAGCAUGAGUGCCUACGAGAUGCGGAUGGCCAUCGAGUCUGCAGGCUUCAAGCUCAACAAGAAGCUGUAUGAGCUCAUCAUCACCCGCUACUCCGAGCCGGACCUGGCCGUGGACUUCGACAACUUCGUGUGCUGCCUGGUGCGGCUGGAGACCAUGUUCCGGUUUUUCAAAUCUCUGGACACAGAUCUGGAUGGCGUUGUGACCUUUGACCUGUUUCAGUGGUUGCAGCUGACCAUGUUCGCAUGAGCAGGGCUCAGGCCCCGGCUGCGUCCUCCCCUCGUCAUCUGCCAAGCUAUGCCUUCCCGCCACGCCAGCUGCAAGUGCCUUCCUCGGAGCGGGCAGCGGCCUCGGCCCGUCACCUCCCGCCGCCCUGUCCGUCCGCUCUGGGCUCAGGUGGACGCCCGGCCCCUCCCGUCGCCAAGCCAGGAAGGCAGCUCUCGCUUGUUCCUGCCUCAGGACGGGGCUCCGGGGUCCAGCCCUGGCCCCAGCAUCUCCCUGUGUCCUCUGCCCUCACUCCGGAGACCGCCGCUGGCCUUCCCCGCGGACUUAAACCAUAACCACUAGCCCGGCACCGCCUGCAUCCGUGUGCGCCCGGGGCUGGGAGGCCUGUCCCUGGGCAGAAGCCAGUGUCCCUCCGCCCAGGGCCUGGGCCCAGCCUUGUCCGCUGCCCGGGAGCUCCCGGCCCAGGGGGUGGUCAGGCCUCCCCCCUUUUUUAUAUCGGUGAUUUUAAAGGGGACUCUGGUACUGGUAUAUGCUUGUGGGGUGCCAGAGGCACCUGGGCCUGGGUGUGUGCAGAGAAGCCACAAACAAUAAAGGAGAAAGGCCCC